GAGAGAAAGGGGGCCUAAAGAGAUUCUUUCUUUUUUAAAGAGGAAGUUGAGUGACAGUCUGUUUGUUCGUUCCACUCGUGGCCUCCCUCUCUCUCUCACAGAGAUCCAUCAAUGGCUUCCCUCGUCGAAUCCGGGUGGCAGUACCUUGUGACACAUUUUAGCGACUUUCAACUGGCCUGCAUAGGGAGCUUUCUCCUCCACGAAAGCGUCUUCUUCCUAUCUGGCCUCCCUUUCAUUUUUCUCGAAAGACAAGGCUUUCUCUCCAAGUACAAAAUUCAGACAAAAAACAACACACCUGCAGCUCAAGGAAAAUGUAUCACACGCCUCUUGCUUUAUCAUUUCUGCGUCAACUUGCCCCUCAUGAUGGCCUCAUAUCCUGUCUUCACUGCCAUGGGAAUGCGAAGCUCUUUUCCUCUGCCGUCCUGGAAAGAAGUGUCUGGCCAGAUAUUAUUCUACUUCAUCAUUGAGGAUUUUGUUUUCUAUUGGGGUCAUCGGAUCUUGCACUCAAAAUGGCUCUACAAGAACGUUCACAGUGUGCAUCAUGAAUAUGCCACACCAUUUGGUUUGACAUCAGAGUAUGCUCACCCAGCUGAGAUUUUAUUCCUGGGUUUUGCUACCAUAGUCGGUCCAGCACUCACCGGGCCCCACUUGAUUACUCUCUGGUUAUGGAUGGUGCUGAGAGUGCUUGAGACCGUUGAGGCACACUGUGGCUAUCAUUUCCCAUGGAGCCUCUCUAAUUUUCUUCCUCUUUACGGAGGUGCUGACUUCCAUGACUACCAUCACCGACUGCUCUACACAAAGUCUGGAAACUACUCUUCAACUUUUGUGUAUAUGGACUGGAUCUUUGGUACCCAUAAGGGUUACAGAAGACUGAAGUCUCUUAAAGAAAACAGUGACCUGAAACAAACGUGAAAUCUGGAUUGCCGAGUACAUUUGUAGCUAGAAAUGUGGAUUUGCUGAGUGUCCGUUUGCAUCUGUGUGGAGGUUUUUUAUUCUGCAACCUCGUCUUCUCUUCCAUUCUUCCUUCCAUUUUGCUGCACCUGUUGUUAUGUCUUAGUUUGUUAUGUUGUGUCUAGUAUUGCUACAAAUGUGGCAUUGUUGAAUAACAUUUGGUACUUCAAUUCUCGGAGUAGCUAAACUAGUAUGUGUGUUGGCA